AUGACUUCGCUUUUCUCUGAUCAGAGAUUUAUUCUAUUAUUCUUGUUUGUUCAGCUAGUAAAUGCAUUAGAACCAAUCCAUGGUGGUCCUGGCCUGGGGAAUUGGGAAAAGUUCAACCAUGGCUAUGGGGUCGAGUUCUGUAGAAUCCCGAAAACCGGUUCCACAAUCACCAUUCGAAUCCUUUGCGAUAUCCUCAAUGAUUACAAGGGAAUCCCACAAUCAAGGACUCAGAAAGUCGGCAAAACGAUUAGCCACUUUGAAAAUGAAUGCGUGAAGAACAACAAUUAUUUGGAUCAUUGGGAGACAAAAUGGAAUAGGCCAUUACUGGAAACCGUCAAAUUUGUAACUGUUCGGGAACCGGUUGAACGAUUUGUGUCUACCUAUGAGUUUCUUUGUGUACAUCCAACGGGUAAAUGGUGUCCACCAAGCAUCAGAAAUAUCCACCAAUUCGCUCAAUGGAUCUAUGAUUUCCAGAAACGGGAACAGGAUAGACCGGAUUUUCUGAGAACAAAGAAAGAUGACUAUAUUCUAUUCCAUACGUGGCCACAAACAAGUUUCUGUGAAAUGACGAAUGGCAACCAGAUCCUUGUGCAUCAUACUCGAAAUCGAAAACAGAUGCAACGGGAAAUGAUGAAAGUGUUCAUGAAAGCUCAUGUACCGGAAAAAGUGGCAAGAAAAGCCCUUCUUCACCUUUUGAAAUCAACAACAAGACAUGCCAGCCCCCUCACCUCAGCCCUUGCCAACAAUUAUGGCUGUCGUGCGGUGACAACCCUCGGCCCUUCCGUCUCCUUUUUCGGUUUCAUCGCCUCAACUCUUCUACCGCAGAUCUUCCUCUUGUGCAUAACUUUUGGAAGCGCCGCCUUCGGUUUGGUCUAUCUGCCGGCGACCGUCAUCGUCCCGCAAUACUUCGACAAUAAGCGAGCCUUAGUGGUCGGGUUGGCCGUUUUCGGGUCGGUCAUUGGCACCUCGCUAUUUGCUUCGCUUUGAAAAAUCUCCGACAGCCCAAAGGUCGAUUCGUUGUGGGUGUUGAAUGCGGGUCUGAUUCUAGCCGGUUUGGCGACAAUGGCCGUCCCGCUCUUCGCCCAAGAUUGGCAUUUCAUCGCUUUCUGUCCCCCUUUCGCUUUUGGCGUUGGUGAG